GGCAAAAUGGCGGGCCGAGGUCGCGGAAGAGGUAGAGGCGCAAAUUUACCAGAGAAUCGGCCAGGAAUUCCUACAAAUGGCACCACAUCUUCUSAGCCACUAGUUGGAGCAAGCAAGGAGCCCAUUGCACCCGCUCCAGUGAACAAAUUUGAUGAAAUUUGCAAAGAAUUCAAAAAUUUGAAAUUGACAUCAAGCAACGAUACAUUGACUGACCUCGCCAAGAGAGCAAAAGAUUUAACGACCUCAGACGAUCAGUUCUUCAAAAUCAUCGACAUAUUAUAUCAAAAAGUCUUUCAAGAUAAYGAAUUUGCAGCCAAAGUGGCGGAACUCGGAAAGACUUUGAGUUCCCUUGACGAAGUUGGAGGUUGGAAGUUUCGAUCUUGUCUGCUAAAAAGAGCACAGGAGCACUACAAAAACAGAGAAAACCUCAAGRAAAACUCUGCACUGGAGUGGACAGGACUCUUGUGCCUGAUUUGCGAGAUAUUCAAAGUUCUAAGGAUAAGUGGGUCGCCAUUAAAGCCAUUGACAGGACCAAUUUAUGAAAUGCUUGGCGAACUGUUACAAAAUCUUGAUGACAGUGAACACAUUGAAUGCUUUCAUGGACAAUUUAGAAACAUUGGAAAGAUGCUUAAUGAUAUUGAUCAGGUAAAGAUGGAUGACCUUAUUAGUAAAAUAAGAGAUUCUAUACUUAGUGACAAGUCCACCUCUGAGACAAGAUGUUUGCUCACUGAACUUCUGGAGCUGCAAGCUUCAAAUUGGUCUUUACGCCCUGAAGUGGAGCGUUUCUAUUGCGAUGCCAUGGCAGAUAUACUUGCCAGUCAUGGUUAGCAAUCUCUUGGGUGUUGCAGAAUACAGAAGUCAUGAUAACAGAGGCGUAGACUUAAUAUAAURUUUAAAGGAACWAAAUUGRAUAUUCAUCAGGCAUUGGAUCUAGAAUUUUGGAACUGGCUCCUUGAACGAUAUUAUUGUAUUAAUAACGUCAAACAAAAAAAUGGACAUCAGAUACAUUUGCACACAUAAAAUGAAGGAGUCAUUUCACUUUAUGCUAUGCUUUCUCAUAAAAUAAUGCAUUACUGCACAGUACUCAAGUUUUUCUAAUAAUUAUUUUCACCUCAAAGAGGUUUUAAACUUKUUUUGAAAUAAAUAAUUGUAAAAUUUUGAACUAGAAGACAUUUUUUUUUCUUAGAUACGAAAAGACUUUUCAUGUGCAGGUUAACAGUAUUGAGCAAAGAAAUACUUUUUAUUGAUUGUACUCAUAAUAAACACAAUAUUAAUUUUAUUAUCAAUAAUAUGUACAGGAAUAUUUAAGGUGAAGUCAUCAAAGCCUGUAAAAAAACAAUUAAUGCAAUCAGAGUGUAUGAAGGACGUAUUGGUGUAAUACAUAUUUCACUGGUUUUUUGACUUCAAUCUACUGAAUUUUUAGCACUUUUAACUAAAAGAAGUAAUCCAAAUACUUUAAGUAUAUUACAUUUUAGCUAGAGUGGAUGUACUCUGAUAAACCUUGAAACAAAUGUUGCUAAUAACUACUAUGUUUAUCAAACAAUAGAAAACAAAACAAUUAGUAUAAUUUAGUACUAAGUYUCACAGAUAGUUUAAGCUCUACUUAGCCUUUGCAAGCUACUUUUUAGCUAGG